AUGAGUCUCAACGAUCUGGUAGCAUUUGAUGAGAAGCCGGCCGAAACCAAAGCUUUGGAUGGCGUAUUACAAACUACAGAUGAAGAGAACAACGAUAAGAAUGGAGCUUCCACUCCGAAGGAAUCAACCCAUAGCGUACUACUUGCUCAGGGAUUCUGUGUCGGAAUCGGAUGCCGAUUAACGUGUGUCCUUAGUACUGCUAUUCUCUCUCAGUAUCUCAGCACCAAGAUCGCAACUGCUGUUGGAUUUACAAGCGCCGGCAGCAGUUUUGGCGGUAUCAUCUAUGCAAUCGUCUUCCACAAAUCCCAACCCAGCAUCGGUUUGCCCUGGGCCACUCGAGUAAUCGGCUUCGUGAUCCUCGCGACACAACUCAUUGCCGUCACCGUAUACAAAGUCCGAGUUCUACCGGAGAACAAGCGCGCCGUCAUAUAUUCGCAGCUUUCAGGGAACUGGUAUACAUUAUCUUAA